GCCAACCUAAAGUCGCAGUUGGUGGGAAAGAUGACAGCGUGACGUCACAGCAGCAGCCUCCCCGAAUGUCCAAGAGCCCCCAUGGAUGACCUGACCCAAGCCCUCUCGGCCAGCUUCGCUGUGUCCAAGGAGCCCAACAGCACCGCCGCCGCCCACCCUCGGCUGGCCCAGUACAAGAGCAAGUACAGCGUGCUGGAGCAGAGCGAGCGGCGCCGGCGCUUCCUUGAACUGCAGAAAAGCAAAAGAUUAAACUACGUCAACCACGCGCGGCGUCUGGCUGAUGGGGACUGGACGGGGGCAGACAGCGAUGGAGAGGAGGACAUGGAGAAAAAAGAGGAGGGGGAACGGGAGAAAGACGGCCGCACGGAGGACGAGGGCAUGGAGAUUGAGAGGAGGAAGCUGCCGAAACAUUAUGCGAACCAGCUCAUGCUGUCAGAGUGGCUGGUGGACGUGCCGUCAGAACUGGACACUGAUUGGGUGAUGGUGGUCUGUCCUGUGGGGAAAAGAUCUCUCAUCGUUGCCUCCAAGGGCUCCACCGCGGCGUACACUAAAAGCGGCUACUGUGUGAACCGCUUCCCCUCCCUGCUGCCCGGUGGGAACCGACACAACUCGGCCAUGGGAAAAGACUACACGAUCCUGGACUGCAUUUACAGCGAGGUGGACCGAACGUACUACAUCCUGGAUGUCAUGUGCUGGAGAGGCCACCCGGUCUACGACUGCCCGACCGAGUUCCGGUUCUUCUGGCUCCAGUCCAAAGUCCAGGAGACGGACGGCCUAUCGGAAAUCGCCAAGCGCAACCCCUUCCGGUUUGUGAGCCUCCAAAGCAUCGACUGCACAGCAGAGCCCAUCCAGAAAGCCCUAGCUGCCGAGUACAGCUUCAGCGUGGACGGUCUGCUCUUCUACCACCGGCAGACCCACUACACCCCGGGCAGCACCCCUCUGGUGGGCUGGCUCCGCCCCUACAUGGUGACCGACAUCCUGGGCAUAGAGGUCCCCGCGGGACCCCUCACCGCCAAGCCCGAGUACGCCAGCCAACAGCUGCAGCAGAUCCUGGAACACAAAAAGACGUCGAGUGAAGUCCGCCCGGCCAACAGUAGCGGAGGCUACGAGUUGGAGUACCUGUCCACGCCAUACCAGGACGGCGGGGACCCUGUGAACUUCCUAAAUCAAAAGCCCAUAAGGGAAGCCACCAUGGAGGUCUGAGCGCGGGAGGCCUAACGAGAUGCAAAUUGCUAACUCGGCGUUCGAGUGGUCGGCGGCCCACAUAUGGCUCUUUAGAAUGUGCUGAAUGGGUGUUUUUUUUGUUUUUUUGGCAGAUCCGACCAAUUGCAAAGCAUGGCUAAUUCUAAUCCGGCACUGCUCAGGACGCCCUCAGAGUGCAGAUUAGCAGAUCUAUAUGCCUCAUAUGUGCUUUUUAAACUCUGCCAUUUACAUCCUGUACCUGUCGCAGAACUCCGUAACAGAUCGGUGUCUUUUUGGGAGUAUUUAGCCACUAAAAGGACUUAUUCGGGGUCUGUUCCGCAGCUGCCGGUCGUAACGCCGUCGCAUACAAUCGCCGCAUAAGACGAGAGGUUUCUUAAGUGAGAAGCGCCGCGGUAAACGUUGUGGUGAAGUGUUAUGUUGCCCGCUUAAAAACGAAUAAUUGUCAGUCAGCAGGUUACAUUUAUCACGGUUGCGUAGCCACCAAAAAAAUAUACAAACAGGAGAGUGUCCCUCUGUGUUUUGGGAGGCGUUGCUGACUGGGCACACCUCCAUUGUCAAUGAAGACUGGCAGCAGUGACGUAGACUUUGAAGCAAUUUGUAAAUUUAACAUUAAAUUGUAAAAGUUGUUUUUUUAAGAUGUUUCUAAAUAAAUGUUUUUUUUAUUGAAGUA